AUAACUUCAUAUUUGGGUGCACCCUGCUGAGCAUUCUCAUGGCAGUUGGUGUGCAAGCUAAGGAGAUUCGCGAUUGCGACUUCUACGACACGGUCAACAUAACGAGCGGCUUCAGGACAGACGAUGGAUCUUAUCGCUACGAGAAUCUCACAAUUCCUGCGAGCCUGACUGGGGAGUACGACUAUGUGAUCGAACACGAUGGGGACAAGAGCUCAGUAGCCAGGCACAUACGAGGAUGUGUGUGCAAGUUGAGGUCCUGCAUUCGAUUCUGUUGUCCGAAAGAAAAACGGAUGAGAAGCUCCCAGUGUUCCAAGAAGGAGAACGGCCUGUCCUACAACAUGACAAUGGAUAUAAUGCGACACGAUGGUACAUUGGUGUGGAAACAUAUUUUGAGAGAGAUGUUUGUGCAGCAAGACCUUCCUCUACCAUGCAAUGAUCAUUAUAUACUGGACAGAAACUCUCCUGAAGAUCAGUGGACUCUCUUUGAGAAUGGCACUCUCCUGCGACAUUACGACACGAGGUACCUCUCCAAGCAGGAGUAUUGCCUGCAGCCGCAAAAGAUGAACAAUGGGACAUACCACAACUAUACCAUAGUGCCCCACAAUUGCGUUAUAGAGCCUUCCAUGUCAAUGGCUUACGUCAAGUCUACGUCUGUAAUUUUCAUGACCAUUACUGUUGCCCUGUACCUGUGGCUGCCCCGAUUCCGUUCGCUGCAUGGAAAGUGCUGCAAUCUGUAUUUUAUUUGCUUGGCAGCCACCUUCCUGCUGAAUGUCUUCAGCAUGUUUGACGUAUUUAGCUACAGUUCGGUUUUGUGUCGCAUCAAUGGAUACGCUGGGUACUUUGCAGUGAUGGCCACGUUCCUCUGGCUGUCGGUGAUAAGCUUUGACGUGUGGAGACGAUUCGCGCUGCGACGCUUCCACGAGUUCAAUCGGAACAGACGGACUAGCUUUGUCAACUAUAACAUCAUCGUUUGGAGCACCGCAUCUCUACUGACUCUGGGCAUAUUACUGGUCGACGUUUUCGUCAAGUUCAAUCCGCAGAAUUCCAUCUCACCUGGUGUGGGAGAGUAUAUGUGCUGGAUGUAUACGGAUGGUUGGUCGGCCAUGUACUAUUUUUAUUCGCCGCUGUCGGUUUUGAUACUUUUCAAUGGGAUUAUGUUUGCGUUGACAACCAAAUACAUUUAUGUGGAAAACAAGGGGAAUCAGCAAGUGCUGAACCAAAAUGAAAGGCAGCGAGAUUGCAGGAACCAAGCCAACUACCGUGUGUAUCUGCGUUUGUUUGUCAUAAUGGGCGGCACUUGGUUUCUGGAAAUCAUUGCGUUUGUCUGUUAUAUGGAGAGGGUUCUAGAGAACUUCAUCACAGUUGCUGACAUUGUCAACUGCAGUCAGGGCAUCAUUAUAUUCGUGGCCACAUUCUGCAAUUGGGACAUACUCAAGUCAAUCCGCAAGCGCAUCCAAGACAGGAACAGCACAAGUACGGACUUUACCAGCACCAGUCGUACUCAGGAGUCUGACAAAUUGGGAAACACCGAAAGGAAUUAA